AUGCGAUCACUUCAAAGCUUUUUCGAAAAGAAGCGUUUGGCCGCAGACGCCUGGAAGGCGAAAAUAUUAUACGAGAACAAGGAACGCACUUCACGUGACCUACAGUGGGCGGCACGGCAACUACGAGCUUUCUCGACUAACAACAGAUUGAAUUCUGUCACCCCAGGAAAGGGUAAUUACUUACGGCUCAUGUCAGAUAUUGCGGGGACCGAGUAUGGUGACUUUGCUCGUCCAAAUGUUAUGCUUAAGCCAAAGAGAGCGAAAAGUGAAAAGGAAAAGAAUAUCGUCUGCGGUGUGGGAAGCUUUCAUCUAGAGGAAGUUCCUCCAGGGGAUAAGGUGACUCCAGAAGCACAGGAAAUUCUCUUAGUUUUGCGAGACACAGUUGCAAUAAUCAUCAACGAUAUCAUUACAAUUGACCAAGGGCUUACAAAAAGGAAUUUUAAACCCUGUUCCUCAAUAGUAGAGCACCUGGAAAUGAUCCCUGAAAUGCUGAUAGCUCUCAUAGAUCAUCUUUACUAUACGCCACAGGAGUUUGAACUAGUUGCCGUGGCCAAAAACAUAAAUAGCUUGAUUACGGAUGUACUAAAGGACCCGGUGAUUGUCCUUUUCAAAAUGAUUGAGCUCGGUCACUACCUCUACUACUUGGGCCGCAUUUUGGGAGAGAAGAUUGUGCCCAAGGACCUUCCUCGGCUGCUACACUCAAUCCAAGUAAAGUUACAGCGAAUAAAGAUUGGCUUCGUCGUUCGUCAGUAUUUCCACAUCCCCAUAAGCAUGGACUUUGUCAUUACACCAUACAACAAGGACCGACAGUUGAUUCGAUUGGAGGAGGAGUGUCACUGCAUCGUCAAUCUCCUCCAUCCUGAAGACCCACGCUCAAGAUACUGUCCACCCAGCUACCGCACCAUUGAGGUGCUUUACGAUGAGGAGCUUGGACACUUUGAAAAAUUUCAGCACCGUCUGAACCGCAUUCUCUCGCCUCAGCGCUGCACUGCACGCCUUGUCUCUACCAUUCUACGACAAUUCGACGGACGGGAAGUUGUCGUGACGGCCGAACAUGCUGCCUAUCUACUCAACUCGGACCACCGACCGCGCUACGACGACGUCCGCGCUCUCGUGGUGUCUGGCUGUCGGCCGCGCGCGGACCGACUACCGAUCAAUGUAAGUCGGGACGAAUCCGUUUGGGAAGAGACCGUACCCUCCUCAUCACAAAGCAGUGUCAUCGAACCACCGCAUUUCCAGGACCCAUCACUUUCAACAAGCAGAUGGUGUUCACUGAGUAGUUACCAGAGAUCCUUCAAGUCCACGGAUUGGCUCAGAUUGAAGAAACGCGUGCCCACCAUACAGAAGUACAUUGAAGCAUUGAGAAAAGCUUUAUACUCAUUUUAUCUUGAAUUGAACAAAGCGGAGAAGACUCUAGCAAAGCAUAGAAUGCCUCAAUUGGACCCUAUUAUACUACCAGCUGUCGAGUCGUCGGCUGUACUUCAACGACUCUGUAACGACCUGCGUCUCACGCCAAUGGAAAAGGAGGUGUUCAACGCGUACAGGGAGUUUGCGAGCCUCGUCAAUGAGGCCUUGGGAGAUCCAAUGGUAGUGUUAAUGAAAUUGCGGGAAAUGGUGAACUGCAUUUGUGAAAUUGAGGACAUUUUGGAGGAGGACUUGCUACCCGAUGGCUUUGAAGCACUGACUGGUCGAAUUUUAAACCACAUUACGGAAUCUCACAAGGCCCUUAGUAGUGCUUGGGUUGAACGACUUCAGGAAUUGCUUCGACAGCACUUUAAAAUCUCUGACGCCCAUUACAACGAAGAGGAUGGCGACUCUUGUGAUGCACCACCAACUUGCGAGUCCGGUGUCGGCACUCACGAUGAGUGCUGCAAACUCAAUAAAAAGUUCACUGCUGACCGUUUUGAUAUAAGUAGCACCUUGUGCGACGAUGAAUGUUGUCCACUAAAUGCCAAAAUGCCUACAGAUGAAUGCUGCUCCAGAAGUUGCAAAGUGUGUGAGAGGGAAGUUACAGGCCAAUGUGUCCCAAUUCUUAAUAAUGACGUGUGUGACAAUGAUAGAACUUUUGAAGAUGUCUGCGAGGUAGUAGAAGGCUUUCGCAAAAGUAAGAUACCAUGUUCUUCCCUGCGCAGCCAUCGGGCAACUAACGUAGAUCCACGAGAGAACCUCAAUAAAAUGAUUGCUCGGUCACAAAUGACGCCUUCGUGGAAGCUCCGGUCACCGGAUCCAGGAUUGAUGAAGAUUGAUGAAGCUACUGAUGAAGGAACACCCGGAUUAUACCAAGGUCGAAUUGGCAAAUCGAGUCGAUUUUGUGAGGUCUACACGGGUGCAAAUGAAACUGCAGAAGCAAGGUCAAAUAAAAUAACAGACAAGUCCAUAUGUCACAUACGGGAAAUGUACAAAGUUGUGGGCACCCUAUUCCAACGGCUAAGCGAGGCCGUCGAUUUGAUCCCGUGUAGAGACUUCAGCUUGUGCAGUCAAAUUCUGUGCCUGAUGCAGCAGUUUCACGAGAAAUUUUUAAAUAUGCUCAAGUGCCUUCGUUAUAGUCCAUACGAGGAGGAAAUGCUUUCGCUAAAUACUGGCCUGGACCAAUUGCUCGAAGAGCUGGAAGUUCAACCCGCCUUUGUGCUUGUAAGGAUGAUUGAAUUUGGCUACUUCCUUUACGAAAUCGGGCGUCUUCUCAAUGAGGAAUUUAUACCGACCUGCUUUGUUACCUUGAUUCAUAAAAUCCAGACCCGAUUAUACCGAUUGCGAUCAGGACGAGUGAUCAGGCAGAUAUUUUUCGUGCCCAGCACCUACGAUCCCAUAGUGAGCACCUAUUACAAAAGUCGCCAAAUCCUGCGCAUCGAGAACUUUUGCCGCUGCAAAGUAGUUCUUCUGCCUCCCGAGGACCCACGAGCCAUUGAUUGUCCCAUGGACUGGCGCUGCUUGGAGGUGAAUUUUGAUGAACAGCAUGGGCGUCACCUGGCCUUCAAGAAGCUGCUCCUCGAGGCCUGCCCAGUGCCUCUUAAUCGUCCAAUCCUCUCCAUCGCCACCGUCUUUCGCCGUCUCAACGGCUCCGAGGGCCAAAUGUCGCUAGAAGAGCUGUGCAACUACGAGAUCUCCCGGCCCCGUGCUCUGGGUAUGCUAUCGCAGCCCCAUUCUACAUCGCUGACGCCCAACCAUCAGACAGGAAACCUCGAAAACCGCGGUAGCAGCGACAGACUUGCCCUCCAACGCACUUCCUCAGUUUCCAGCCUCCUCUUCGUGCGUCGACCUUCGACCACGAGUUCACUGGCCUCCACCGCUUCCAACCAAUUCUCCCCUCUGCAUCAACGCAUUUGCUACCGGCAGAAUCCUUCUUCCUCUUCUAUCGAACUGGAUCACUGCUGGGGAGGCGGCACCGGUGGUAGUGCGGCCUGUGGACGCUCGAGAGAGGAUCAGCGUGACUCCUGUCAGGAUUUAUAUGACUUCCUGAAGGCUGCUGAUUUGGAAGAAUACUACACAGUGUUCAGCAAACACCUAAAGAUUCGGACAGUGAAUCAGUUGAAGUAUGUGACAGACGUUGAGCUCGCGGAGAUGGGGAUGAGUCGGCCUGAGGUACGCCGCCUUAGGAGGCGCUUCGAGAAGGAGUGUCCGCAAACGGCCAUGGGCAAACUAAAAAAGAAAUUCGCUCGUUCAACCAGUGCCAGACCCCCACCCCGACAUCAGCGCGCGUCCACUGAGCCGCCGGCAGACGACAGAGAGAGCAUUUUCAGUGACAGUAGUGGCGUCUCCGGUUACCGGAUAAUUCCUGCCUUUGAACUCGAACUCACCAGCCCUUUGGGUCAGGGCGAAUUCGGCCGCGUCCAUCAGGCAAGUCCCUGUUUCACUCUCGGCCUAUUCCGGUUUGUCGAUUUACGGGAGGGAUCAUGGCGGCCGGCGUCCAUGGGUAGGCAACUGCAGGUGGCUGUGAAGGUUCUAGACUUGGAACGCUUCCCCACAAAGAUGGACGACUUCCUGAAGGAGGCCGCUAUCAUGAAUAGCCUAGACCAUCCCGACAUAGUUCGAUUGUAUGGCAUUUGUGUUGCUCCCAAGUGUCUGCGAUUGGUGACCGAACUUGCGCCUUUGCGUUCUUUGCUGGAGUGUCUGCGCGAGCCCGAUCUACGUACCUCUUUUCCCGUGGCCACGUUGCACAACUUCGCCAUCCAAAUUGCACGUGGUAUGGCCUACCUCGAGGAGGAGCGUCUGGUGCAUCGCGAUCUCGCUGCACGCAACAUCCUCGUGUUCGCCAAGGAUAGGCGCAGAGAUUAUUCAAUCAGUAUUUUGCGUCCAAUCGUGCAUUCCGAGUCACUUGUUUCGUUCAUCAUCUCGUUGCAGGUGAAGAUUGGUGACUUCGGACUGAGUCGAGCCCUGCAGUUGGGCAAGUCCUACUACCAGACCAACUUUAACGCGAACCUACGCCUGCCGAUCGCGUGGUGCGCACUGGAGGCCAUCCACGAGUUGCGUUUUACCAGCGCCAGUGACGUCUGGUCCUAUGGGGUGACGCUCUGGGAGAUGUUUACCUACGGUUUUGUCCCCUGGGCGGGCCUCUCAGGUCGCCAGAUCCUCGAGGCUGUCGAUGUGCCAAACUGUCGUCGUCUCACUCAACCGGACGCCUGUCCGGAUGCUGUCUUUGAUGCUGUUAUUCGUGCCUGCUGGAAUCAUGAACCCACUUCUCGCCCUACCUUCGCUCAGCUCGUCGAAAUGCUGCCCCACCUGAGUCCCCAGGCGUGGUGCGUGGUGGAGGAUAGCGGGGAAACGGAGUCGACUUUUCCACGCACAGUGGAGGACAUUCGCAGCCUGCUUACUGAGAAUGCCCAGCAAAAUGGCAACACAGACGCGGACACGGGUGCAGAUGACACCACUGGCUCUUCACAACAAAACAAUAAGACCUUCCUGCGUGUCCGUGUUGGUGAGACUGUCUAUGUGCUGAGCAAAAAGAAUCCAGAACUGUGGAAGGUGGUGUCACAUUCAACCUGUCAGGUUGGCUACUUACCUCCUGAGAACCUGCGGAUUGUACCAGAUACCACUGACUCCACCGCUCUGAGAUCGAGUGGCACCAACCAGCAUCAAAACCACUACGCCAGCACUCUCUCGAGGAUGCGUCUCCGUUUCAGCCGACGGGAAUCGAAUCGGAAUUCACCCAGAGCGGGGAAGAAAUUCAACCGGGACCUAAUAUCACUGCCACAGAACGACUUUCGUCACGUCGGACAUGUGGGUGCUGAUGGUACCAUGUUUGGUGACGUCGGUUUCUCUCUUGACAACGUCGAUGAGGAUGAACGAGGCUCAAGUCCCGCCGGGAGCUGCAUGACCAUUGAGAGCGCGUCUGAUAAGGAGAAUCCACGUCUCUCCGACAUCACAAUAAGCGAGCGUACUGGUCGUAAUUCUUCUGUCACCUUUGAUCGGGCCAAGGUGAUUCCACCUCGGAAUGUUGCCACCGCCACCACCACUGCCACCGGUUCACCCCCGCCCUUAAGUUCUCCUUCUGAAAAUAGUCGAAUUCCCAGCGCCACCAACACAAACCCUACUUCUGCCUAUCCGCCAAUUGCCAGGGAAACCGCCGCCACCUCCUCUUCCCCUUGGUUCACCACCACCACAGAUAGCGAAGAUCCUGAACCCUCGAUUCUCGAUAUGGGCUCCUCAUUCAUGGACGAGAUCUUUCAGUGCCUCUCGGCAAAAACCGAUGGGCUGGCUCUGCUGGACACGAUCUCGUCGACGAAUGAGAUGCAUCAGUCAAAUCCUGUUGUGUCAGAAGUGACCAAACUGCCGCCACCCUCACCAUCUCUUGUAUUUCCGCGGAGGGAUGCGGCAUCACUCCCACCUGAGGAGGUGGUUUCUGCGUCUCCUCCCCCUCUGAUGAUAGCCAAACCUUCCCUAAGUAGUGAAGCGUCUCCCUUUGAGGAGUCUUACCACAAUACCACUGUUAAUCCUACAUCUAUAAAACGCCUCAGCCUUGAUCAACCGAAUGGCCUUAGUGAGCGAUGCAAGGAAUCUUCACCGACCCUCUACAACUCCACAAACGGUGUGCGUCGGAGCUCCCGCACCUCCCUGAUCGAUAACAGUCCAUUAAGGCGGGACAGAGUAGGGGAGAUUGGUGGGUUUGGAGGCGGUGGUGGCGGCGGGGUCUUCGUGAACGCCACGAACACCCUGACUCGUGCCUUCCGCAAGUCCAGCGCUUCACUUACUCGCCGACCCAUGCAGGCAGCGUCAGAGAAAGCACCCUCCGCUCUCUCCCUCGAACAGCCGCCUCACCAGCAUCAAAUACCUCCUAUAAAAGCGCGUCUCGAUGCAACCGGCAAACUCAAACGACCGGCUAUCAGUGGACCCAUGAUGAUCAGCAAUCCCACUCUUGUUGUCGGUGCCUCUGUGGCCUCUAUCCUCUCCUCAGAGGGAACGACAACAGCCGCGGUGUCCACACCACCGUCCUCGUCAACAUCGUCACGUGGGAUCAGCCGGGGCUCCUCCAUAACCGCUAUCUCCUCACCCCUCUCCUUGGGCGGAGCGGGGGCGGUGACACCGGUCACCACUACUACUACCACCACCACUCCUUCCAUCUCGCCUGCCCCCUCCACCUCUUCCCUUGCCACCUCAAGCACCUCCUCCUCAAACCUCGUGCUCCACCACCUUGGCCAUGGCCACUACCAGAGUUCGAGAUUCACUGGCGGCAUUGGGGCAGGAGGCGGUGGUGGCGGCGGACUUCGAGCGCUGCGAGAUCGUGGUGACCUGGUAUUCCGGGCUCCACCAGCCUCAGCCGCUAUUGGUGGUCGGCGUAGAACCAAUCCGGUCUCUAGGACUGACCACCAACCCAGCCUUAGGGAUCGAACCGGUGUAGAUGUGGCAGAAAAGAAUGGCGACACGGCCAGGCUGAGCUCAUAUUCAGCACGCGAGCGUGUAGUCGAUCAAAUUGCCAAUCCGGUACCAUUCGAGACUGAACUCUCGCCCUCCGUUGUCACUCCUACCGCAGCGGAUUACACAUUCGUGCCCCCAACUCAGUCUGAAAAUCUCCACAGAAAGGCUUCCCCAUCUUUUGAGGACGCAGCAGCGGAAACAAUCUCUUCGCUUCCAGCGCCAUCACCACCGCCACCUUCCAGCGGUGGGGACAGUGAACUAUCAGAAGAACUCCUCAGUUUGUGGGGUUCCGAAUUUGCAAGCAUUUUGAGUGGACAUAAAUCCGUUGCGUCCUAG